UCGAGCGUGUCGCCAGUCUUGUGUCACGGCUCGCGGCGAACGCUCUCCCGCCUCGCGAUCUCCGAAGAACCGAUCUUCCCUCGCGGAUGAGACCCGCCGCGUCGUGGACUGAUCGCGAUACCGCUCGUUGCUCUGAAACGUGCCCGCGUGCGUCGAGAGUUACACAGUGAAGCGUGGCUCGAUGUUUCGGAGGAUACACGAACACGGCCGAGGAAACACGACGAGCGUCGCGGAAAGGUGCGUCGCGCCGAGAGAAGACUCUAUUACCUCGAGGGAUCUAUGAACGUCGGCCCAUAAAUCAUUCGACGGUGAAGGCCUCGAAGAGCGUAACAAUUGAUUGCCGGGCUUCUCGUCGGAGCAUUUCGCGACCGUUGCAGCGUUGAAUCGCGCACGAUUUAUGAAUGAGCGUGGACAGGGGGCUGAACAUGCUGCACAAGCAUGGUGACAGGCCGUACGGCAGCUUGCUGCAGAGGGGCAGAGGCGCUUUCCUGAAAUCCAUGUCGGAGUUCCCAGUGGAGGGAGGGGAAAACGGCGACAUGCACUCUGUCAUGGAGACUUUCCAGAAGAAGAACAACAUGGUGACCGGCAGGAGUCACGUCACGCACCAUCCGCAGGUCACCUCGUCGUCGCAGAUGCUGACGACGAACCAGAGCCAGAGCAGCAGCAGCAGCUCGAGCAGGGUGGCCAAGUCCUCUCAGAGGAUCCUAACCUCGUCCUCGUCGAGUGAGAUGAAAGCUAGCUCUAUGAAGAACGACCUCAGGGAACUUCAGCGUGGCAUAUCUGAGAUGAAGAACAAUAUUUCGACGAACUUCUCGCAGCGAUUGCGCAGCAGCGUGGAGAACCUCGUUGACAGGGACGGGAAUGGAACGGAGGAAGGCGACCUGACGGAGCCGUUAGUGACGUUCCCGGAUCCCGACACACCGCCCCCUGCCACGGGCACAGUCACGUUGACCGGGGGCUCGCCCUCUCAGCUGAGUUCGUUGAACUCGCUGAACAACCUUCACAACAUGAGCCCGCCGAUUAGCAUGUCGAACAUCUCGAACAUGACCAAUCUGCCUGCUGGACAGGAGACGAUGAAGUUCGAGCAGAAGAAGAUGACGUCUGCCUCGAAGACGAAGGUUGUCACGGACGGUUUCAGCGCCGAGAAGGCGAUCGCGAACAGCGCCGAGAUGAGAGCUUUACAAGCGGGCGACGUCUCGUACAAGGAGCAAAGCGCCGCGACGGCAGCCAGGGCGCGCGUGGAACUCGACGGCGUCUCGGCGGAGAAGAGCGUCGCUGCGGCGAGGGAGCAAAGAAGCCUGAAGGCCGGCGACCUGUCGCACCAAGAGAGCAACAACAUGGCGGCGUCCACGAUGAAACUGCAGAGCGACUCGUUCAGCUCGGAAAAAAAAGCGAUGGCGGCGCAGCAGCAGCGGCAGACGGUCACCUCCACGGGCAUCUACAACCACGAGAAGCACAUGGCGUCCAGCUCGCAGUCCAGCAUCACGAUCGCCUCGAAGGGCGUCACCUCGAAGUCCUCGAUGAUCACUGCCGCGAACGCGGUGAACCAGCUGAUGAACGGGAUGAGGCCAGCCGAGGACGAGCUGCUCUCUCUGCCUUUGGAUGAUCUAGACCUCCUGUGCUCGAAGUCCAACCCUCAGGACGUGGACCGAGCGAUUUCGAAGUACUGCAGCUUCCUGGACAGCUUCGUGGAGCGCCUGAAGGCGAACGAUGGGAAGAACGGCAAGGCUCCGUUGCUCUUGAACCGAGUGAACGAGAUCAUCAGGAAAGCCUGGGCAGUGCCCACGCACGGGCACGAGUUAGGGUACACGCUGUGCAACACGUUGAGAACCAGAGGCGGCUUGGACCUGCUGAUGGCGAACUGCGUGGCCAGCGACAAUGACCUGCAGUUCUCCUCGGCGAGGCUGUUGGAGCAGUGUCUGACCACCGAGAACAGGGCGCACGUGGUCGAGCACGGCUUGGAGAAGGUGGUGAACGUCGCCUGCGCGUGCACCAAGAACGCGAACUCGGUGGACCACUCGAGAGUCGGCACGGGCAUCUUGGAGCACCUGUUCAAGCACAGCGAGGGCACUUGCAGCGACGUGAUCAGGCUGGGCGGUUUGGACGCGGUCCUAUUCGAAUGUAGGAAGAACGACGUGGAGACCUUGAGACACUGCGCCGGCGCGCUGGCUAACCUGUCGCUGUACGGUGGCGCGGAGAACCAGGAGGCGAUGAUCAAGAGGAAGGUGCCCAUGUGGCUGUUCCCUCUGGCGUUCCACAAUGACGACAAUAUUAAAUAUUACGCGUGCCUGGCGAUAGCGGUGCUGGUGGCCAACAAGGAGAUCGAGGCGGCGGUGCUGAAGUCCGGCACGCUAGAUCUCGUCGAGCCUUUUGUAACCUCGCACAAUCCGUACGAGUUUGCCAAGUCGAACCUGGCGCACGCGCACGGCCAGAGCAAGAACUGGCUGGAGCGGUUGGUGCCGGUGCUGAGCUCGAAGAGGGAGGAGGCGAGGAACCUGGCGGCGUUCCACUUCUGCAUGGAAGCUGGAAUCAAGAAGCAGCAGGGCAACACGGAGAUCUUCCGGAUGAUAGGCGCGAUAGAGCCGCUGAAGAAAGUCGCGAGCUGUCCGAACGCCAUCGCGUCCAAGUACGCGGCGCAGGCGCUGCGGCUGAUCGGCGAGGAGAUCCCUCACAAGCUCAGCCAACAGGUGCCCCUCUGGUCCACCGAGGACGUCAGGGAGUGGGUCAAGCAGAUCGGGUUCGCCGAGUGCGCGCAGAACUUCGUUGAGAGCCGGGUGGACGGCGACCUUCUGCUUCAGUUGACGGAGGAGAAUCUUAAAGAGGACAUCGGGCUCACGAACGGCAUCAGGAGGAGAAGAUUCACCAGGGAGCUGCAGAACUUGAAGAAGAUGGCGGAUUACAGCAGUCGGGACACCGGGAAUUUGAACAAUUUCUUACAGUCCAUCGGGCAGGAGUUCUCCAUUUACACGUACAGCAUGCUGAACGCCGGCGUCGACAAAGACUCGAUCAGGAAUCUGUCCGAGGACCAGCUGACGACCGAGUGCGGGAUCGCGAACAGCAUACACCGGUUGAGGAUACUGGACGCUAUCAAGAACAUGCAACACAACCAGCUCGGCUCCUGCGAGGACGAGUCGCCUGACAAGUCGUUGGACGUGUUCGUCAGCUACAGAAGAUCGAAUGGCUCUCAGUUGGCUAGCUUACUGAAAGUGCAUUUGCAGUUGAGGGGUUUCUCUGUGUUCAUCGAUGUCGAGAGGCUGGAAGCGGGCAAGUUCGACAACAACUUGCUGCAGAGCAUCAGACAGGCGAAACACUUCCUCCUUGUGCUCACGCCCAAGGCUUUGGAAAGGUGUAUACGGGACACUGAGUGCAAAGACUGGGUUCAUAGGGAAAUUGUAGCAGCACUUCAGUCGCAGUGUAAUAUAAUUCCCAUCAUAGAUAAUUUUCAAUGGCCGGAACCCGAGGAGCUUCCAGAAGACAUGCGAGCGGUUUGCCAUUUUAAUGGUGUACGUUGGAUCCACGACUACCAAGAUGCCUGCGUAGACAAGCUUGAAAGGUUUAUGCGAGGCGAAAUACCAGUCAGAUCGGAAAUGUCUGGUGGUAUUCCAAGAAGUAUUGCGUCCAAGGACGUGACUCAACCGAACACACCGGGUAACACGAAUAUCCGACAGUCACCAAAUUACCAACGUAUGCACAGCAAUGAGAGCAGGGGCAGCGAUAAAGAUUCAACAGGUGGAAAAUCGUCGAGUCCGUCCCGUUGGUUAAUGGGUCUACCUCCCACUUCUCCACGAUUGAAGUUCAUUCACACACACCCUGGGGGGAGUCCAGUGCCACGACGACCACCGCGUCAUCCUCCUUCACCAUCCACCAGAUCUCGUUCAUUAGAACUACUGGACCAAGAGGAGAAGAAGUCUGUCUCCCCUAUCAGGGAGCCGGACCCACAGCCUAGACCAAGGUCCAGAAGCUUGGAUGGCUUGUUAGACGAAGAUGGUAUGAUACCAGACAUGAAGACUGAAAUGUUGUCUGAACAAAACGAAAAUAAAAGCAACCUCGAGUCCCUAGACAUUCUGAACAGACUGGCUGAUCCGAAAUCAGAAGAACCUGUUCAAAGUGAAUUGGAGGUUAGAGGGAGCAAGGUGGAAGGAGAGCGAACGGAUGGUGACAUUCAGUCUGAAGCCACAAGCCUGGAGAACAGUUCUAAAGUGAAGUCGAAUGAAGAUCCAACGCCGGUUCCUAGGCAACGAACAAGAACGCUUACCGCGGAGACAAAGGAAGCGAGAAGGUUGUCAAUCGUCGAGGAGCCUGGCAACAAAGAGGAGAAUCCACCCACGCGACCGCCAAAACCGAAUCGAUUCAUCAGCGUGGAUGGACAUCUGUCGACCUCGAGCACUAAGAACGAACAGGUGGGUUCGCAGGCCAGCAUGGGGAACGUUGAUCACUGCGCUGAGAACGCGGAACUGAAGGAGCGACUGGUAGCUACGGGAAACGACAAGUCGACGCUGCUCAAGGCGAAGAGCUGUGGCGCGGGACUAGAUUCCGACGAAAGCAUUUCGUCUAACGAGUACAAGCCGAAAACAAAAGAGCAGGGAUCGCUGUUGUCUCUGCCGACCGGUGCCGAGCCGAAACGCAAAAAAAACUUCAUGGACAAAUGCGUGAACAAAGUGCGGUCUUUCAUGAGGAAGUGAAACGUGACUUCCCGGUUAUGGUGAUAAAGACUAUUGUUUAAUUUUACAUUGUUUAAUCGUAGUAUGUCGAUAUUAAUUGCGGGGACCUCGUAGUCCCGAUCAGCCCCAAGUGUCGUAUAUAUUUGCAUGUCGCAUUAAUCGUUUCUAUUUGUAAAGAAAGAAUUGUUCCCGAGAUGUACAGACAGUAUUCCUAAUUCUCCAUACGCGAACAAUUACAUUUCUUUCCUUUUCAUUUUGUAUUACAAUGCAGUCUAAGUAUAUAUAUAUAUACAUAAGUAUGUACAUAUGUAUUCAAAAUAUUUGAAAAUCGUGUUAGAAUUACACGCGCGAGUAUAUACGACGUUUGUCUAAAGGACUGCACGCCAUGGUAGGGUUAUGAAUGAUUGUUUUCUUUCUGUACAAUGACAGGCAGCAUGAAAGUGUAACUGAUGUUGUGCCUAUUCGGCCUCGUCCAGACUGAGAAGAACUACUUACUAGCUGCUCGCGAACAGCUGUCUGGACGUGGCCUUACAAAGUGUCUUCUUAGAAGUUCAGAGAUUCUUGUCCGACGUAGACAGACAUGAAAGAGUAACCUGGUUUUUCAGGUGGCUUUUAUAUAUAUAUAUUUCUUUAUCAAAUUGUAUUAUAGACAUGUAAACGCGUAGAUAGGUAGCAUUGUUAUUUGUAAUACUAUUUUUUGUAUACUCGAAUUCAUAAGUUCUGAUUAGCGGAUGCCACGCCUGCGAAAUUAAUUCAAGUAAAAAUUCUAUGAGAUUAUUUACCACGAGGGAACGUAUAAAAAGGGAACUCAGAACUUAUGAACUCGAGUACAGUUGUUCUUUUAUAGGACGUCGAAAUGUAAUAUUCCACUUGCGAUGUACGUCGUGAGUAAAGGCAGCUAACAUACAGAGAUAACAGAAAUUCUGAAAUGUAACGAUCGGUAACAUUAUUUUAUCGUUUAACAAGCCUUUUUAUCGCUGUUUAACCGACGUUCAUCGGCCUUACGUGCAUAGCAAACUCGAACAAACUUUGCGCAAAGCGAACCUUACGAAGCUUCGAUACUGUACUAUUCUAAGAUCCUGCCGAAGAAUCGAGAAAUGUAUAUUUUACCAAAGUUUCGUAAAGUAAAGUCUAAGAAUUUUAUCAGAAGUUUGAAUGUUUCCCACGAAAUAAAUUUUAUUUAGCAAAACAUUACCUAAUCUAUGAUUUGUCACUAUUACAAGGCCCAGUUAAUGUUCUACAGACAUUUAUUCCUUGUUAUACUAUGGAGUAUCGACGAAAGCACUUUUAUAUAAAUACUUAAAUCCAUAUCCAAUCACAAUGUUUUUAUUUUCCUAUAAAAAUAAUAACUGUUUUCUUUGUACAUACUUCAAGAUGCAUAGAAGGCACAAUACAUCAUUUGUAAACGAUGAGGCAAGUAAGCUAAAAUUACUAAUGGAUUUGGCAUAUAUUUAAUGUAAGUGCUCUAUUCCAUGUUGCAUGUAUCGUAAACUACAUAAUUUUAUUACAAAACAUCACUCCUAUACCACAGACAAUUCUUUAUACAAAAGUUAAUACAAAUUUCAAUUUUGAAUUAUUUAAUAAUUCUAGUUAAUUACAAAAUAUAUGAAAUAACAUGAUUCAUUCACAAGCAAUAUUGAAACAAAUUUUACCUAAAUCUGAUUGUGAAUCAUGUCAUUUUGAUUAUUUCUAUUAACCAGCAUAAACAUAGAUUAACAAACAUACCACCAAAUAUGUCAUGUCACUAGUAUCAAACUGAGAGAACAUGAUAUUUUCAAGUCAAGUACUAUAAAAUAUAUUAAUUUUUUUAUAUAAAUUCAGAACCUGAACAGUAGCUUAUUUUAUCUAUUCACAAUGUCGCCUCUUCCUCUAAGUCGUCGCAUCAGGAACAUAUCUUGAACUUUAAUAGUUAUGCGUUUUGAAUGUUGUGCUAAUAAUAUGCAAUCUUCAAAAAAUUGUACCAUAUAUGCUUCAGUUGCCUCUUGUAAUGCUUCUAAAGCACUUAGUUGUAUUCUAAAACCCAAUGAUUCAUACGGCUUAGAAAAAGUAUUUUAAAUCUCUGAUAUUUAAAAUCUUACCUAUUAACACCCAAGGUAGGGAAUAAGUCAAAAAUAAUAAAUUUUACUAAACGAGCGAAAGUACUUCUUGGUAUAAGUAAUUUUAUAGAUUUUCUCAAAUGCCGUAUUUCUCGAAAAACAUGUGAUUUGUUUCGUCUUCUGGGUACCAAAACUUCUGUCUAAAAAGAUCCCAAUUUUACAUUUAUAAUACUGUUUAAUAUCAUUUUAAAAUAUCCUAAACAUAUUAAUUACUUACUCGAGAUUUCUCACGAUUCUGUGAACCACUGAUUGAUCUAAAAUAUUACUUUCUAAUUAAAUGAAGCAAGCAUAUGAUGUAUAACAAUUUGAAUUGACAACUUUCAAAUAAAG